AUGUCCGACAAUAACACCUCAAACAAGACGUGUCACCCGUCGCCCUCCGCUGCCAACGAGAGCACCCUCCAGCCACCAGGUGAUGUCCGUCCGUGUCAACGUUGCCCCAAUCAAACCUGUCACUCGACCGACCGUUGUCCGUUGCGACCUUUGCCAACUGCCGUGAGAAACACUACUAGCGUUACUACUCGACCUGGCCUUGUGGGCACCACAAAACCCGCCCUUGUUAUUUCUGUCGGAGUAAAUCAUAUCUCGCACUACAGCAGCCCCACUGGUACGGUUCCCACGGUUGUGAUUGAGACGCCCACGGUUGCGGUCCAAAUUCGCGACAAGCCGAAACGUAGACGCAGGAAGAGACCAAAUAAGGCGGCCAGGAGGGCUCGAUUGGCUGCUGAGCGGAUAAAUUCUCAGGAUGCUACCCCAGCAGCGAUGAAACCGGAGGACAGUGAUGACAAGGUGGCCCAGUGA